AUGGAUUCUGAAAUCAAAAAACCAAGACUAGACGACUCUGGCAGCCUUUUUGAUGAAGAUAUGACCAACUCUACGUCGUCUUCUGGUACCUUGACACCGCCUCAACCCUCAUUCCAAAGCUAUCUUCUCCAGUCCAAUCAUGAAUUAAUUCGAGCCCGAGGCGCGUUGCCGAAUGAAACCUUCAUCCUCCAUCCACCACCCCGAUUCUUUCCUGAAUCAGUCCCAGUCCGCCUUAUGUCUCAAGAGGAUUGCCUGUGGGAACUGGCCGUGAUGAACACUAAAGUGGCGGAAGUUUACAAGGAGCCCAAGUUAAAUAUCUGGGAUCCAAAAACAAAACGCUUCAAUCCACCAGGCUGCCUCUUCAACCCCAACAAGCCCAAAAAGAUUCCACAAACCGUGUUGAAUCCAACGGAUGGUAAUCGAUAUUACCGGAAAUGGAAGAGAACUCAAGGAGUAUCUGCAAAUGAGCUGAGCAAUGAGGAAGUAGAGGAGGCACGACGUCUCUACACCAAAGUGAUUGAAGAAUUCGGGAAGCAGGCGAGACUCGGUUUCAUCGAAGCCAUUCCGAUGACGAAGCAAAUCGAGCUGAAAAAGAUGGAGAGAGCAGGAAAAAACUGGCCGAACAUGGCUGAUGAACCAAAAGAUCCGGGCUCUUUGGACACCAAAAUACUGCAAUCCUCACAUGUGGUCGAUUUGAAGACACCGGAUUCAGAAGAACUUGGCUCUGGAAACAAUUCUGCUAAAGCGCCAUUUCCACUAACUUCAAGUGAACCUUUUCCGCCAACUUCAAGCGACAGUGUCCUAGAUUUCAAUUACUUUCAGAAUCAGUUUCACUACGACCGCUAUGUGUCAUCAUUUUUUCCAGCUGAUUUUGCGACCCCGCAGUAUCUGAGAAGACUUCUUUCCGGUGUGAGCAAUGCACCAGAGCAGUCUUUUUUAAUAGAUUUUGACUUAAAUAGUUCUUCUCACUAUCAGAAGCCAACUCUGUCCAAUGAGAGCCAAUUUUAUUUUCCAAGCACCAUCCCGAGAAUCAAUGUGCCAAAUAUUGAAGUCAAAUCGCUCAGUGACCUCCUGAAAACCCUUCCCUCGUCUAUGGAAUUCAUGACUCUCGAAGAGUACGGAACGUCAUCAGAUUCCCCUCCUGGAUGCGAUAAUGUAUCUAGGGAAAGUAGGCCGAUCCCAGAAGUUGUCAAAACUAUAAAAACGCAGGAACCAAGCGAAAAGUCGUCUUCAGCACCAGAAGAGCACUGGGAAGGCUUUCAGAGCUGUGUUAGCUUUAUUGAGCAUAUACCGCUGCCUCCAUUGACUAAAUUGGGGAAGGAUGAGGUAGAUCCUCCAACGAAGGUAAUGACAAAGGAUGAGAUAAACUGGGAACUGGCGAAAAUCAAUGCAGGACAAGAAGAAGUUUACUUGAACCCGAAAUUAAGUUUGCUCGACAAGACUACUGGGAAAAGGGUCAGCCAUCCUUGCCUCUUCAACAUCGAGGGUCCACGACAGUUUCCCCAAUUUGUUCCGAGAUACCCUAAAGGUUAUCAACUAUUGAGAGCAUGGAAAAAGAGUAUUGGAGAUAGCCUGGAAACUAUCACCGGGAGAGAGAAGAUCGAGUUCAUUAGUCUCGCGCACAAGUUGGCAGUCGAGCACAGAAAACAGAGAAAGCGGGGAUGGAUUGAGACGAUUCCGUGGAUGGAAUGGAAAAUUGAACGGAAAAAGCAACAGAAGUCUCGGAAGCCGUUGAUAAGGGAGGCGGAUUCGACGAUGGAGGUCGACGAGGACAGUCCUGGAACAUCUUCCGACAUGACAUAA